UCCGGAGCGGCUGAAAGGCGGAAGUGGAGGCCGGAGCCUGGGACACCGCUGGGGGGGGGGGGAGAGGAGCAGAGUCUGAGGGAGCCCCAGCCCAAGUAACGCUGCUGUCCCGGAGCCGCGUUGGAGGCCUCCCUUCCCACUAAGUGCCUCUUUGCAUAGCACCGGCCCCACCCCCACGCUCACUGGCACUACUACAGAGCAGCUCACCAUGGCGGGUCGAGGAGGUGCAGCACGGCCCAAUGGACCAGCUGCUGGCAACAAGAUCUGUCAGUUUAAGCUGGUCCUCUUGGGCGAGUCUGCAGUGGGCAAAUCCAGCCUGGUCCUCCGCUUUGUCAAGGGGCAGUUCCACGAAUACCAGGAGAGCACCAUUGGAGCGGCUUUCCUCACACAGACUGUCUGCUUGGACGAUACAACGGUCAAGUUUGAGAUCUGGGACACAGCUGGGCAAGAGCGAUAUCACAGCCUGGCCCCGAUGUACUAUCGGGGGGCCCAAGCAGCCAUUGUGGUCUAUGACAUCACCAACACAGAUACAUUUGCACGGGCUAAGAAUUGGGUGAAGGAAUUACAGAGGCAGGCCAGCCCCAACAUCGUCAUUGCACUAGCCGGUAACAAAGCAGAUCUGGCCAGCAAGAGAGCUGUGGAGUUUCAGGAAGCACAAGCCUACGCAGAUGACAACAGUUUGCUGUUCAUGGAGACGUCCGCGAAGACGGCAAUGAACGUGAAUGAAAUUUUCAUGGCAAUAGCUAAGAAGCUUCCCAAGAAUGAGCCCCAGAAUGCAGCUGGUGCUCCAGGCCGAAACAGAGGUGUGGAUCUGCAGGAGAGCAACCCAGCCAGCCGGAGCCAGUGCUGCAGCAACUGAGCCCCCUUACCUGCCAUUGCCCCCGCUCCUCCACCAGAAUGACCCGACUGGAAUCUACUCUAACCAAUCGCACUUAACAACUCGGGCCACCACUGGGGGCAGGGGAAGGGUCCAUCAUGAAUUCUCGGCAUAACUUUAUCCUAGGCCGGAGGGAGUUAUUCCACCUGCACCUUUCUGUACAAAUACUAAUUCAAUUUUAAGUCUUAA